UCUCUCUCUCUCUCUCUCUCUCUCUCUCGCUCACACACACAAACACGUUACUCUCAUUCUCACUCCAGUUUUCUUAACUGUGUGGGUGGCCAAGGUCGUCAGUGGGAAGUGAAUGCGAUUCUUGAUUAAAGAGCCCUGCGCAGAUAUUGGUGACGUGGCCACAUAAAAAACUUUUUACUUCACAGUUACGAGGCGGUGCACAUCUGCAGUUCAGUGGCAGCCAUCAGCAGUGUGUGUGUAGACAAAGUGAACAUGCCUCUAAUAAGAGAGUCGCACAAGAAGGCAGAAGACAUCCACGCUGUAUAUGAGCUGAAGGAGAAACUGGGAGAAGGCUCAUUCUCUGAGGUGAGAGUGGCUCAACACCGCCUCACACACAAGCAUGUAGCGGUCAAGUGCAUCCGCAAAAAGGCCCUGAAGGGUAAAGAGUCCAUGCUGGAGAACGAGAUCGCUGUCUUACACCGAAUCAAGCAUGAAAAUAUCAUUUCCCUAGAGGAGACGUUCGAGACGCCUACAAAACUGUAUUUGGUAAUGACACUGGUCACUGGAGGUGAGCUGCUGGACCGAAUUCUACAGCGAGGCAGCUACACAGAGAAGGAUGCCAGCCGCGUCAUCAUGCAAGUUCUGGAAGCUGUCAAGUACCUCCAUCAGCUGGACAUUGUGCACAGGGACCUGAAGCCAGAGAACCUGCUAUAUGAAACUCCAUUACAAGAUUCCAAGAUUGUCCUUAGCGACUUUGGGCUUUCAAAAAUAGCCGAUCAGGGCGUCUUGUCCACUGCUUGUGGAACCCCUGCUUACGUAGCUCCUGAGCUUCUACAAGAGAAGACAUAUGGUAAAGAAAUAGACUUGUGGGCUGUGGGAGUGAUUUCGUUUAUUAUGCUGUGUGGUUAUCCUCCAUUCUACGAUGAUAAUGACACUGAACUCUACAAACAGAUCAUACAGGCAGAGUUUGAGUUCGACUCGCCGUACUGGGAUGACAUCUCACAUUCAGCCAAAGACUUCAUAGUCCACUUACUGCAGAAAGAUCCAAAGAAGAGGUUCAAUUGCGAGCAGGCCUUGCAGCAUCCUUGGAUUUCAGGUGGAGCAGCUCUGGAAAAAAACAUACACGGCUCCGUGUCCGAGCAAAUCCAGAAGAACUUUGCCAAGAGCCAGUGGAAGAGAGCCUUUAAUGCCACCAUGUUGGUGCAUCACCUCAGGAAGAAGGCCCACGCUAGUGAGGAGGAAGAACGAGACACAUCUCAGAGACCUUAUGAAAUCCAACUGGCGGAGGACCAAAAGUCAACACAACCAUACGUCUGAGUGAGCAUUUUUCUAAGCAGACCCUGCAGACCCUGAACUGCUGAUGUCGGCUCUAUGUGCUGCUUUGCCUAAUACGAACCAGCGUGACUUGUACGUGCGCCAGAUGGAAGUGCAUUAGAGCCUCUUUCGAGCCUAGUCUUCACUGCUACACGAUCACUGUAAGGGAAUCGUUAGAAACCCACAUGAACGCUUAAAUGCCAUGUUGUAAUAUACGUUAUGCAUAAAGAGCAUACUGCUACUUGUAUUAGUGAACAUCCUUAGUGAGGUAAUGAUGCUAUGGCUAAACUGGUAGAUCAUAUAACAUCUGUUCCAUGCACCUGAGGGUAAAUAAGAUGAAAGAAUACUGCAUAUUAAAUAAUAUAUUACACUUUAUUUGAAGGGUCAGGGCCUUUAGAAGACAUUCAUAAGUCUUGCAUAAAACUUUUAUAAAGCAGUGCUAGAGGAUUUAUGAGAGGCUCGUGUGAUGAGGUGACCGUUCAAGAUUGUUGAUGCACAAUUUUUAUAUUGAUCUUGCUAGUUUGUUUCAAUGGCAGCAAAUAAUUUCAAAGCUUUGAGACAUCUUCUGAUAAGUUUCCUUUCCAUUCCCAUUCCUUUAGCCCAUAUAUGAGCUUUUAAGAAAAAGAAAGUUGUGUGUAUAGACAUGAAACAUUUUGGAAGACAUUUUGCUAAAAAAAAAAAGAAAAGAAAAAAAAAAAAGUGUUAAUUUCACCUAUGAAUGGAGACUUUGGGACACGCUGUAUAGUAUCUAUUUAAUUGUUUUAUGCAACGGCUGGUGGCAGAAACUGACUUCACUUUGGAGAAAUAUCAGUUUAAUUUCUGUGGUCUGCAAUAAAUUAUGAUAAAACUCUCUCUUUCUGUCAUCUAUAAAUUAACACGGCAUUAAUAGUGUUGAGAAUUUUGGCUCUGUUUAGUGAGUCCCCCAUAUGAAUCAUUGCCUUCUUUUUUUCUAAACUGAACAAACUUUAUGAUAUGUUGACCAGUCAUGUCCCUGUAGCUGAGAUUGUUAAAUCUAAGUCUACCUUCUAAAUAAUAA